AUGAAAAAUAAUCAUGGUGGAUAUCAGGAACACGCCGCCGAUGCCGACGACAACACAUAUCACGAUGGGGAGCCGCCCCGUGGACGCGGCCGGAGCAAGCUCUCCCCCGCGCUCCAGAUCCCCAAGAACCGUAGCACCGGGAACCUUGCCGUGGUGUCUGAGGCAUCAGAGCCGCAGCAAUCGACGUCGCGGAUCAGAUUCUCGCUAGAUGCUGGGUCAGGUGCUAACGCCGACUAUGAUUCAAUCACAAGAUCUCCCCUCGUAACAGACCAUGACCACGGGCUCGGCCUGUCCGGUCUGCGCCGCAUUCGCCAGAACCAUCCGAUCCGCGCACCGACACUGCCAUCUUCCGCCGCGUCUUCUCGAAGCCCUUCCACCAGUCUCGCGAGGUCUACCUCGAUGGUGAUGCUGCCAUCUGGCCAUCAGAUGCCAUUGUCGCCAGGGCCAUCGUCUCCCAACUUUACAGAGGACCUCACACGUUUCCCGUCAGAGUCGCUACACUCGUUUUCCUUCGCACACCAAUCCGAAGACUUUAUACAGAACCGCCAGAGUGUACUCAAACGCUCCAUAGAGUUUAUGAAAGACCGCAUGGGAUGGGCCGUCUCGUCGAAUGCUGCACUCGCCAGUGCUCAAGCCAGAGUGACUGGCGAUGUCGAGACACAAACCAUGCUCGAUCUCUUGGCAAGAGCACAACUGAUUGGUGCUGGAAACCUCCCACAUGGAGAGUCGGCUUUUGUUCCUGGGCCUCUCACUGGGCCUGCCGAGAUGUCUGCCGACAACGUCUUCGAGAGAGACUUCAUUCCGAGGACGAGCAGUCCGGAUUCAUACUCGACAGCAAUGCUUUCCCCGACUAAUACGAGGGAAUCCCACCCAGGGAGUCUGGCGGCGGAGAACAGAAUAGAUGAGAAUUUAGCUGUCUCGCCCAGUUCAAGAUAUUUGCAAGUUGUAAAGGACCAGCCAGGUUCUGAAGAGUCUUCGAGGGCGUCGACGAACGAGAGUGGGACAACGGCAAAGUCCUCGCCGCCAGCAUCGGUCAAACCCAGCUUGAAGAGGACCUAUACAGACGUGGCACCAAUGACGAUGCAGCAGAAGCUGAUGGACGCCAUGUCUCAACCGUUUGUCACUGGUCAGCCAGGCAUAUACCCUGAUUCGCUGGUAUCCCCGACUCUGCCCACACAGCUUGGCUCGUCACUUAAUGUUCCCGGGGCCAUCGGUCCCGCUGUGCAUGGCCAUUCAACCCGGUGGGUGCCGGCGGCUCAGGCUAUCUUCACCACAGAGGCCAAACCGCCAUGGACCAUUCUCGCCGCAAACGAUCUCGCAUGUCUGGUCUUCGGUGUCACUAAGGCCGAGGUACGGAAGAUGGGCAUUCUUGAAGUUGUGCAAGAAGAGCGCCGGGCAUGGUUAGAGAACAAGCUCACAGGUUCUGAUGUUGACGAGAUGGUGCAGCCGCCUGCCCAAAGGGAGGCCCCUUCGCCACCCCAGGCCUCGAGUGGCUCUGCUUUCCUCGGAGGCAGGGGAGGCAUCACAGCUCAGCUAUUGAGCAAGCCAAACUCGAGAACGCAGCCACCCAAGGCUCCCGAACGUCGGGCACAAACCGUCCAUAAUGCGGAUUUGACUCCUUCGAAGUCCCGUGUAGGUUCACACCAUAAUAGCACGAAAUCCAGGGGCGUCUUGCUUUGUGGAGACGUAGUACCAAUUCAGAAGCGCAAUGGGGCCACAGGCGCUGCUAGUAUAUGGGUCAAGGAGAAGCGAGUUGGACUAAUCUGGGUGCUGGAAGAAAUCCACGAGGAUGUCGCGUUCCUAACUCUAGAUGAAGACGGCAUGGUGACCAAAAUCACUGGCGAGACCGUCCCCAUCUGGGGAGAGAACACCCCUCAGGGUGGUAUCGAUGUGGGAAAGCUCAUAACACGUAUUCCGCGCCAAGGAAUCGAUCCACGAGAAGGUGCCAUUGACUAUGCUCAGAUUGCAAGGCGAAAAUAUUUUACUUGCCGCAACAGUAGCAAGAUCAACAUCCCUGCAACGAUUUCUCAGACAAGAGGGCAGACCGAGCUACGUGUUUCAAGCUAUCCACAUAUUGCCGGCAUUGUGGUCGUUGAAACAGCGUCUCUGAAGAUCAAGAGCUCAAACUCGGUGUUCUGCGGAGCGCUGUUUGGCUACGAAAAGCCCGACGGCCUUCCCAUCAAUUCUCUGAUACCCGAUUUCGAUAGGAUUCUGAAGAUACUCACCGAACAAGAAGGUGUCGACCUUCACGAUGGUAUUGUUAUCCCCGAGCACAACUUCAGGAGAGCUGCGGCUUUCUUUGCCAUUCGGGAGGGUAGGCCUGAUGCCGCAACAAACUUCCUGAAUCCAGAGGGUCUGCCCGCUAAGCACCGUGAUGGUACUGAACUCAAAAUCGAUCUCCAGAUGAGAGUAGUAAAGAGUGAGAAACAAUCGGCACACGACUCAGGGGCAAGCGACGAUGAAUUAUCCCCAAUAGAAGAAGCGGUUUCUCAAAAGGAAUCCGAGAUGGUGUUCGCGUUGUGGAUAACCUAUUCAAGACAUCUUCACGUUCCAAGGACUGCCUCUAUCAUUCCCAGCUCACCAAUUAUGUCUGGUGCAGCUACACCUCUACACCAGCCCUCUCCAGGCCAAACACCAGCACACACGCCCCAAGAAGUGGCGUCUGAUUCCGACGAACCUCGAAAGGUCUCGACAGCGUCCGCAUUGACGCAACAGCUCAAAGACGUGGCCAAGAAUGCAGUAGGGAGGAUUACUGGCUCUACAAAAGCCGACGAAAAGACUGUGCAAUCUGCCUCCAAGCCAGCCGAAGCACCGAAAGGGAAAAAGACGAUCAACGAUUUCGUGAUCCUAGAAGAUAUGGGCCAAGGAGCGUACGGUCAGGUCAAACUCGCUCGUUACAAGCAUAACGGAGGUCGGAAAGUCGUUCUGAAGUACGUGACUAAACGACGCAUCCUGGUGGACACCUGGACGCGAGAUCGCCGCCUGGGUACCAUUCCCCUGGAGAUUCACGUUCUCAACUAUCUCCGACGGGAGGACUUGAAGCACCCGAACAUCGUCGAAAUGGAAGACUUUUUCGAGGAUGAGACGAACUACUACAUCGAAAUGGCGCCUCACGGCCUGCCUGGGAUGGAUUUAUUUGACUACAUUGAGCUUCGAGCCAACAUGGAAGAAGACGAAUGCCGCAGCAUAUUCGUACAGGUUGCAAAGGCUGUGCAUCACCUGCACACGAAGGCGACUGUGGUGCACCGAGACAUUAAAGACGAGAACGUUAUUCUUGAUGGCGAGGGUCACAUCAAGCUUAUUGACUUCGGCAGCGCAGCUUAUAUCAAAAGUGGGCCUUUCGAUGUUUUCGUGGGCACGAUUGAUUAUGCGGCUCCCGAAGUCCUCGCAGGCAAACCGUAUGGAGGUAAAGAACAAGAUGUGUGGGCUCUGGGCAUUCUGCUCUACACUAUCAUUUACAAAGAGAACCCGUUUUACAGCAUUGACGAGAUAAUGGAUCGUGAUCUGCGGGUACCAUAUACGAUCAGCGACGACAGCAUCGAUCUCAUCCGUUGCAUGCUCAAUCGUGACGUAUCCCAGCGGUUCAAUAUCGAGCAAGUCAUGAAGCACCCUUGGUGCCAGGUGGAGGAAUAG